CUGUCGGCCGAGUGCCUGGACGAGCCUCCCAACAGCCGCGUUUUCGUGGUGCUGGGCAAGGACGCGGGCGAGGCGCUGAUUCGGGAGCGCUUCGCUCCGUUUGGGGACAUCCAGAACAUCUGGCUGCUGCGCGACAAGCGCACCAACGAGUCCCGAGGCAUCGCCUUCAUCAAGUUCGCCCGCAGCUCGCAGGCCUGCCGGGCCAUGGAGGAGAUGCACGGCCGCAGCCUGGCCCCCGACACCAAGCCCAUCAAGGUAUUUAUUGCGCAGUCAAGAGCUUCUGGAAGCCACCGAGAUGUUGAAGAUGAGGAGCUUACACGAAUCUUUGUUAUGAUACCAAAGACCUAUACAGAGGAAGACCUGCGAGAGAAGUUUAAGAUGUAUGGCGACAUUGAGUAUUGCAGCAUUAUUAAAAACAAGACUACUGGAGAAAGCAAAGGUUUGGGCUAUGUGAGGUACUUAAAACCAUCGCAAGCUGCCCGAGCAAUUGAGGAGUGUGAUCGAAGCUACCGAGCCAUUUUGGCUGAACCGAAAAAUAAGUCACCUGAAUCUUUUGAACAUGAAUAUUAUAGCAAUAAUGCAAGGCAAGAACCAAGAGGAAAUGUAUUUCCAUUUUGUGCUCAGCCAGAGUUUUGUAGUUUUGAAAAAAAUGAGACCAGAAUUCAGGAGUCAGUCUCCAAACGUCUGUCAGUGGUAUCACGGCUUCCUUUUAUCCAAGAACAGCUGUUUGCCCUCUUUGAUCUAGUCCCAGGACUGGAGUAUUGUGAUGUUCAGCGAGAUCCUCAUACUAAUAAUGGGUAUGCUGUGAUUCAGUACAGUACAGCUGCAUCAGCUAUAUAUGCCAAGUAUAAGCUACAUGGGUUUGAGUAUCCUCCUGGAAACAGAUUAACUGUCAUUUUUCUAGAAGAUGGGAAUGAUAGUUCAGACCUCAUCAGAAAAAUGGCAACACAGCUGGUAACAGCACACAUGACCUCAGUGUUGCGAAAUAAUAACGCAAUUGUUCAGCAGUAUAGGACACCUCCUCAGGCAUUUGGAGGAACCUCUGGCUCACCAUUACUUCAGCCCCAAACUGAUGCUUUGCUUCCACCACCCAAAAAAAAAGUUCCACCUGACACUUCUGUGAAGGAAAGGCUUUUCAUACUUUUCCAUCCUCAUCCUUUACCUGUGACUAUACUGGAGGAUGUUUUCUGUCGUUUUGGAAAUUUAAUAAAAGUUUAUCUUGUGGCUGGAAAAAAUGUGGCCUAUGCAAAAUUUGCAGACAGAGCAAGUGCCAGUGAGGCCAUAACUGCGUUACAUGGCAAGAUUGUGAAUGGUGUCAGACUUAAAGUAAGGUUGGCAGACUCCCCCACAGAGGAAUCUAACAAACGUCAGAGAACCUACUAAGUAGAACUAAAUAAUGACAUGACCCUCGACUGACUGACUGACUGAAACGUGACUAGACAUGGUUCCUGGGGACAGUGACAUCUUUUUCUUUUCUUUCUUCCCUUUCUUUUGCAUUGUUACUCUGUUGCUAUCAUACUUUCUGUUUUUAAGAAGUGUGGACAUGCAGUUUUAAAAGAAUUUAGCAGUUUUAAAAUUGUAUACUGAUGGUUGUUCUUGUAGAAUCCUGUUACCUUGUAUUCCAGAAAUAAAUCUCUUGUGCUAAACUAAGUUUCACAAACAUGGAAAUAGUAGUGAUGGGAGUCAGGUUUUUGUGGCUUGACCUGGUUAAUUGAUAAUGAAUCAAUUUGUAACUACUCUAUAUUGAAGGCACUUCCAGUGGUCAGAAUUGCAUUGAAUUAGAGCAGUAGAUGAAAAGAAAGUGUAAGAGCUAUUUCAAAACCUACUAGAAUAUUUGAGAAUAUUAAGUCAGAUUUGAUGAAAAAGCCAUAUUCAAGAAAGUGAUUCAAGUACAGUCUUGAAUGUUUCACUGACUUGGACCAAGAGUAUUCUUUAUGCUUUAUGUGCUGUUUAGUGUAAAGGACAUUUAACUAUGGGUCAAGCUAUCAAAGCUGCUUGCGUUUGUCAUUUUCUUGAGGUACUGUCAUUGUAACUACAGAGAAAUUAUGGAGUCAGGGAAUGUUUUUUUCCCGUCUUUCACUUCUUUUCUUAAGAAGCUUUCAAUGAAUCAAUUGUUGAAGAAUUGGGUAAUUGAACAAAGUUCAGUAUUUCAGGAAGAUGAAGAGGAUUUAAGCGUUGCUAAAGAGUAAACAAAGAUAAUUUGAAUAAGCUUUUGCAAAGAUGAUUGUUAAAUACAAAUACUUCCUGAAUGCUAUUUGUUGAAUUGAAAAAUUUGUUAGUUAUUAAAUGUUGUUAGAUAAAACUCAAAUUCUAACUGCAUGCACGCUGGUGUACAAGCACGCUCUUUGAUGUACCUAGCUUCCAACUCCUCCAGUGCUGAUCCCCUGAUCCUCAAAUGGGGAUAAGUAGCUGAGCAUCCACAAUUUCCUCUGUCUCUGAGCGCAUUCCAAAAGAUAUCCUUUCAAAAAAUCUCCACCCCACAGGUAGGUGAGAAUGUAGUCCUAUGACUAAUGUUCCUGGGACGAAUUUUGCAUUUGUUUCAGUAACUCUGAGUUUCAGCGUCGUUCUACCCUUUAUAGAGUCUGCUGCCUUCUCAGUCCCUCUUAUUCUUUCCAAGAAAACUAGUUCUUGACAAGAAAUCUUUCCAGCCUUCCAUAUGGUGUUCCAAGCCCCUGACUUUCCCAAUCCAAAUAGUCAAUGUGCAGAAGUACAGUGUCUUUUAAGUGAUAUUUUUGUGUCUUGUUAUGCUUUUACCUGUGGCAGAUAGCCUCUUUUUCUUGUUUUCUUUGUUCAAGGAGAAGGAGGAAUUAAGGUAUCGGUAAAUAUCUCCAACUGAACUGAGGAUCAAAAAUAGGCUUACUCAAAACAUACAACUUUAUCAUUUGGUGCUUCACAGUCAGCUGUCUUGAAAUACUGCCAUAAUAAUAAUGACUAAGUCCUCUACGUUAGCCUUCUAGUAGUGUAAUGUGAGUAGACCUACUGUAAAAUUAAUGCAAUUAGAAUAAUAUUUACAGGCAGUACAAAACAGUUUAUAUGCUGCAUUAUUUUGACGUGUUUAGUGAGUUGUUCUUAUAUGUAAGGUGCAGGCAUGUUAAACCUUCAUUUUUUCUUUUUAAAAUAUGUAUAAAGAGUACCAAUUUUUUUACCUUAGAGAUAGUAGGUAAGAAUGAGAGGUGUUGCAAUUGGUUCAGAAAUUUAAAUUUUAAGUGACAGAAACUUAAAAUUUAAGUGUAUUUAAAAAAAGUACAAAGAACCUAUUAUUAACUUCAGUUAUUUUUGAAGUUAAAAGAGUGUUAGAGUUCAAAUCUGCAAACAUUAUUAACUUGCAGAAGGAAGGUUGCCUAAAAAACCUUGUUUAACUCUUCUCUAUUCCCCUGAUGUGUUAUGAUGCAGUCCUUGAUGACUCACCAGCAGCUUUUUUCCCCAAGAGUAAUUGUUUCAUUCAGCACAAAGAACUAAAUUGUAUCAGGGUAGCAUGGUUGAAGGAGAGUAUGAAAUUUCUGCUUAAUUUCUUGUAGACUUCAGAACUCAUACACUGAGCAAAAGUGCUUUAUGGUUAAGCCUGGGGAACUGGAUCUUCGUGAUUCUGAGAUUGUUUGUGACAUUUGCUACCAUUUCUCUGGGGUUCCUCUGGAAAAAUCCUGCUUUUUUGCUGGUUUUUUAUUUUUUUUCUUUUCCUUCCUUUUGAGUAAGUGUGGAGCUUUCUUAUGUUUCCUCAGGGGAACAAUGCUGACCAGGAUGCCAUAGAUCUAAGACUCCAGAAUUGUCAAGCAGUAUCUUUGCAGACUUAACUAUGCUGUGUGUGUGCGUGCAGUAUUUUUGGAAAGCAUCGGUUCUGCUGUGCAAAUAUGACAGUCAUUCUGUCCUGUUGGUGUAGCAGCUCUGGCAUGCUGCUGAAUGUGCAUCAUGCAGUGCAUCUUUGCAUCAAGAAUAAGCAAAUGGUGAUCUGUGCUAGUGCAGAAAUCUUUGCAGUAUAUAUGCAGAAGGUCCAAUGGCUUAUUUUUAUUUAAUUUUUUACAAUCUUGAGGUAACUAUGCAUGAUGCUACAGAGGCAUUGAAACUAAACUUUUCCCUUAGGUUCAGGAGACUUUUCACUAUUUUUCUGAAUAGAAAGCUUGGAUAUAAAAUGCAGAAAUGUUUUUCUUUGUCCAAAGCAGACAGUUUGGAAUAGACUUGUGUUUGAGAGGAUGUUUUAAAGCAUAGUGUAGUGAUGCAUGUAUAAUUUAAGUGCACAUGUUAUUGUGGUGAAAUAGUGGGAAUCUCUGCACAGACAGUUGGAAAAAAAAAAAAACCUGCUAAUUUGUCCUCUAAUUGCUCUUUUUGAUGAGUCCCUGCUAUGUCAGGAUCUAUAGUCUAAGGUGACAUUGAAUUUCCUAUUUGUUUAGUUGAUGUUAACAUUCUCUAGGAAUGUAAGUGCUCUGAAAAAAAUAAAGUGACAACUGUCUGACCUUGUCCAUCCAAGAUGUGGAAGAAGAAUCAACUGUUCAAAUGAUCUGGACAGCCACUUUCCAGAACCUUCAGCCCAAAGGGAAGGGAAAAGACUCUUUGUGAGUUGAAGCAAUGUUGCUGUUUUCCUAUCUUUCUCUGUCCUGUUAGACUCAUUAUGCGUCUCUGCAACAGGAGAUCAAAAUCUGGGAGAUCUCUAGUCCUACUUCAGGCUAUUUGGUCAGGUCUUGCUUCAGAUGGUUUUGAGCAGGUACUGGGAAGGAAGAAAUUGCCCCAUUUUCUGUACUGAGACUUCAGGAUGCCGUAAGAAGUAACUGCAGGCAGACGGUAUUUUUUCUU